GUCCCCCUAUCCCAUCAAACGAAACUGUAAAUGAAGGAUUCAGCAUAAAAUUUAAUUACAAACUGUUUUCCUUGCUAAUUAACAACUAUAACUAUGGCGUCGACAUCUAAAGACAGUGUGCCGGCUACAAGUGAUGUACAAGUGAACAUAGGAAGUGAUUUAGAGCCUGGGGCUUGUCCGGAAAGUAUACUGAAUCCUACUGUCUUUGAAGAAUUUGCUUCGGAGAUGAGCUCGAGUCUUCAAGAAAGGAACGAUUCUUUGACUGUGAAGAGUAGCACUAUAAGUGAAAUUCAGAGUGAGAUUGGAGAGAGUUCGAAAGAAGCGCAAAUGAAGACUGCAAAGUCAAGUGAUGAUUUACAGAAUAAAGAUGAAUCCAUGUCAGCGUCAGCCAGCAACUCCAACCUGGUGGAAGAGAAUGGGGAAGUGGAAAGUGAGCAGGAUGAUUACUUGAAGUCUCCGGAGCUCGUGAACAAGGAGAAGCAUGUAUUUAUAUUGAGUUCUGCCGGUAAACCGAUAUACUCAAGGUAUGGAAACGAAGACAAACUAGCUGGUCUCUGCGGAGUGAUCCAAGCGCUAGUCAGCGUAGUAGAAGACCACAACCAAGAUAUCCUAAGGGCCAUCAACACCAAGGACUGCAAGGCGGUGUUCUUAGUGAAAGGACCUUUGAUACUGGUCGCGGUCUCUAAGAGCAAUGAGAGUGAAACACAGUUGGUUUUACAGUUGACGUAUGCCUACAACCAAAUAGUAUCAGUGCUGACACUAACCCAACUCAACAAAAUUUUCGAGCAACGUCGAAACUAUGACCUGAGGAGACUGCUGUCAGGUGCUGAAAGGCUUAUUGACCACCUACUUAUAUUCAUGGAAAAAGACCCAGCGUUUUUACUAGGUGCCGUCCGCUGCCUGCCUCUCCCAGAAAAAUCCAGAGAAUCCAUAACCCACGCCAUAAUAUCAGCCUGCCACAAAAUAAGGGACUUAGUAUUCGCAAUACUCAUAGCAGGCAACCAGUUGAUCACUUUAGUGAGAAUGAAGAAAUAUACACUACAUCCUUCGGAUAUACAUUUGUUGUUUAAUCUGGUGAGAAGUUCGGAAUCUUUUAAGACUGCUGAGAGUUGGACGCCGAUAUGUUUACCCAAGUUUGAUGCUACUGGUUUUCUCCACGGCCACGUCUCAUACAUCUCCGAAGACUGUCAAGCAUGCCUUCUCCUUCUAACAGUACAGAGAGACGCGUUCUACCCUCUCUCACAAGCUAAACACACCAUAGCAGAUAAACUGCGGCAAAAUAAAUGUUUGUCGGCCAUCAACGACGCACUAAACAGGCAUCCAGAUUUACCAACUACAGAACCCCUGAAACACAUAGGUAUACCAGAGAUUAGACAUUUUAUGUACAAGUGUAAAUCUACGGCGCAGCUGUUCACUUCAGACCCUAUAUCUAUAGACAGAUUGCAGGAUUACCGACUACGGCAUAAAGAAGGCGGUGACGUAGUUAAAGAGAGGAAACUUACUAUAAUGUCCGAGAUCGACUACGUGAGAAACUACAGAAGAUUCUGCAGCCAGAUACAUUGUACCUCUACACCUGCCAAGCUGAUCUUUAGAUCCAAUUCACAAGAUACCAUACUGGCUUGGAUAACAAACGGCUUCGAACUAUACGUGACCUUCGAUCCCCUAAUGGAGAAAGACCACGCCAUAAAAGCGGUGGACCGCCUCCUCCGGUGGAUCAAACGGGAGGAGCAGAGGAUCUUCAUCAUGAACGCUCCGACCUUCUAGCACGCGCCUUUUAGGGUCAGGAACCCCUUUAUGAGGUACAGUGUGGAAGAGAAAAAUGAUGUGCUGGAGACUCUUUAAAGUUAUGGUGAUAUCCUUUUUAGGUGUGUUCCCAUUUGUCCCCGCCGGGCACAGAUGGGAAUAGAUGGUUUCAUAUAAAUAAUUUCUAUUUGUCCCCGCUUCAUUUAUGGCGGGUCACGUGGGGUGGGGACAAAAUGAGAAUACACUUUUUCGUGAGUGUAAAUAGGAAAUAAUUGAUUGAAAUGUUCUAUCUAUUGUGUGACCAUUGUGUAUCAACGAGUGGCAUGCGCUCACCAACAAUGGCCACAUGCUCACCAAGAAUGGCCACGCGCUCACCAACAAUGGCCACGCGCUCACCAAACAAUGGUCACGCGCUCACCAAUAAUAAGUACGCGCACGCACAAAAGAAACAAAGGCUCUUGUUUAACAGAUUACGGUGUUUGGCGAAAAAAUAAUUUGAGAAUAUGCAGACUAUAGCCGCGUAAGCUGAAG